AUCAAAUAUCAACUGCCAACUUAUUAUUGACAAUAUUUAUGUCACUGUCAAACAAUUUGCUAUUUCCACUUCUCUUUGUUGACAAAUAUUGUGUAUUAUUGAUUUAGACUAUUAAUGGACAUAUUACUCAUACGAGAUCUCUCACAGUAAUUUUACGUAUUGGCCACUGUGACCUUUAAAAUCACUUAACAAAAUGUGUGAUGUACUACAAUCUGUAAAAGAACAAUUAGUUGAUAUUGAAAAUGAAUGUAUCUCUCCAUGUGUAAAGCUUGAUGAUAUGUAUAAUGCAGCUGAGCCUUGUCUACAAAAUAUGCCACUGGAGAUUAUAUUAAAAAUAUGCUCAUAUUUAGAUGCAAAUUUUAUAAAAAAUAAUUUGAGCAAAGUAUGUCAGAGAUUUAAUGACAUUUUAGACGAUAUAAGUCUUUGGAAGUAUAGAGCUAGUUGUAAAAUGAGGGGAUGUUUUCCUCCUUUAUUUAAUUUGGACAGCUGGAAAGAAGAUGAUGUUGACUGGACUGAUAUGUGCAUUGAAAUGGAAGCUGAGAGAAAUAAAUGGUGCAAUGUGGAUAAAACAACAAAACACCUUGUCAUAAAAGAUGUUCAUUAUGCAUCUGUUGAUGCAGUUAUUUUGGUGAAUAAAGGUCAAACAUGCAUUUCUGGUGGUAGAGACAGAUGUUUAGCUCUUUGGAAUGUAUUAGAUAUACAAAUAGAUGACAAUAUUGAUACAGUGUUAACAGAUCUCAAACCAACAAAAAUUAGACAUGAUGCUCAUGCUGGUUGGGUGUGGGACUUAGCCACGGUAGAUGUGGAUUCAGCUAACACUGUGUAUUCUGCAUCCUGGGACAACACUGUCAAAGCAUGGGAUAUUAAUUGUGGCUUUGAGUGCAUAGAAACAUUCAAUUGUAGUAUGUCUGCCCUUUCCGUGGUUGCAUAUGGAAAUAAUGUUAUGGCUGGUUUAUAUUCUAAAAAAAUAUUGACAUUUGAUAUUCGAUGUGGUCCCAAUCCUACUAAUGUAUACAAGCCACAUAGGGGUCCAAUUUUGGCCUUAACAACUCAUAAGAAUCAAAUUGCGUCUGUAAGCGAGGACAAAACAUUAGCAAUAUUUGACAGUGUAGCUGGGAAAGUACUGAAAACUGAUAUAAAAAUGCCGUCAGAGAAAGCAUACCCAGUGAGCUUGAGUUGGAAUACAUAUGCAAUGUAUAUUGGCGAUUCGAAAGGAUGUCUUCAUCUUUUUGAUCCUAAUAACCACAACUGUGUUAGGACACAUGAGUUGUGGCAAGAAGCCUCUAUAACCGAACCUUCAAAUAGAAUAGCAGGUUGCCACCAGGGUGACGGGACUUUGAUUGCAUGUUCAGAUAGAGGUGAAAUCAAAUUUUUGUACAAUUCAAGUCCGCCGACAGAGUAUAAAAGUAUGCAAACUAGCACUGUGGAUGUUACACAGUUGCAGUAUCUGAAUGGAAUCUUAGCUGUUGGAACAUGUGAUUCAGCUCUCGAGUUUUGGAUACCCAAUGAACAAUUGAAGUACAACAACUUAUAAACAAUUUUACAAUUAGAUAAUAACAAUUUAUUGAAAGCAUAAUAUAAAAAAUAUAAUAACUUAUUAACUCGAAGCUUCCUAACUUUAUAUUAUGACGUUUUAAUUGUUGAACAAGUGGUAAUGAAACUAUGUUAAAGCAUAAUAUUUUUAUACUCAAAACCGCUAAAACAACAACUUAAUCCGUAAAAUUAAAUAAAUAAAAAAAGGUAAAUUCACACAAUUAUUGGGAAAAUCAUCAGUUAGGAAAGGAGACACAAAACCCUAUGAAUACUCCUCUAUAUUUAUUUCUUCUGCAACAUUCCUUAAACAAUUUAUUACAUAUUUGUUUCAACGAAGUAAAUGCACACAACUAAUGUUGAAAAAUUAAGCGCAUAAAAUUUAUAAUCUAAAAAAAUCACAAAUAUUUUAUUGCCUAAAUAAAACCUAGCCAGUAAUU